GACCCCGAUGGCGGGAUCGAGUUAUGACAAUAGAAAAACCAACGAAGAAGAAAUCUUUUCCGCAUUCGUCAUGCUUAGUUCAACUUUCGAUGAAUGUUCGCCACAAGCGUGUUUUUAUGUUUAAAAAUGGCGAGAGUGAAGGACAAACGACGGCACAACACCAGCGUGGCCAGUGAGAUUGACCGCUUGGAGGAGCGGCGGACUCGUUGCCAUGACAACCUGGAAAAGGCCCUCUUCAGGAGCAGGAAGGGGAUGUUGUCCGAGGAGGAGAGGCAACAACUGGAAAACGAAAUGACAGUCAUUAACGAAAGGGUGCACAAUUUGGACAAGGAGUUGCAGCUGCUGCGAGUGCAGAACAGGAGGAACGCGUUGCUGUCGGCCGCCGUGCUGGCCGCCUUCGCCGUCUUCUACUACAUCUUCAUCUACGAUGGCCACGAAAAAAUCAUGACGACAAAAUCGUGACGCUUGUAGAUCUCAGGGACAUCCUGCAUCAAGAUUACUGACCAAACUACCAAGUGCCUCCCGCCUGCUUGUUACGGAAGCAGCGUCUGAGCAUUUUAUCCGACACUUUUUACGUCACGUCUUCAUCAUCACACGAGCUUACUGUCAAAUGAAAGCAGCCUUUCCAAUUAUUUCUACAAACGUGCAAUACUUGACUUCUAUGCAUGUCACAGUAUGUUUUAACUGACAAUAAAGUGACUUGAACAAUGCACACAUUCA